GCAGGCAGGAAGCUGGCAGCCACCCUGUAGCUAGGAAGAGGGAAGCUGUGGUUGAUAACCCCAGUGCAGCCAGCCCACACUGCACCUGUGGGAGCAUGGAGACUGGAACUGUCUUCCCGCAGCUCCCUGGGAGUGAGGCCAAGAGAGCCCCUGAGGGCGAUGGUGGGAACGGAAGUGUGGAUGGUGAUGCUGUGAGGAACCCCUUUGCAGGGCUGGUGAGCCACCUGCGGGCAGCCUGGCUCUCUGGGAAGACGCGGCCCCUGGAAUACCGCGUGGCACAGCUGGAGGCUCUGGGACGCUUCCUGGAUGACAAGAAGCAGCAGAUCCUGGAGGCCACUGCAUCUGACUUGGGCAAGCCACCCUUCGAAGCCGAAUUAUCUGAGAUCCUCCUGUGCAAGAAUGAGCUCCAUGAGACCCUGAACAACCUGUCCCACUGGAUGAAGGACGAGAAGGUGGACAGGACCCUGGUGAUGCAGCUGGACUCUGCCUUCAUCCGCAAGGACCCCUACGGGGUGGUGCUCAUCAUAGCACCCUGGAAUUACCCCAUCCACCUCUUCCUGGUGCCCCUCAUUGGGGCCAUCGCUGCCGGGAACUGUGUCAUUGUCAAACCCUCUGAGGUGUCCAAGAAGACAGAAAGACUCGUGGCAGAAGCGCUGCCCACCUAUCUGGACAAGGACUGCUUUGCUGUGGUGACCGGCGGCGUGCCGGAGACCACCAGGCUGCUGGAGAACAAGUUUGACUACAUCUUCUUCACUGGCAGUCCCCCGGUGGGGCGGAUCGUGAUGAAAGCUGCUGCCAAGCACCUGACACCGGUGACGCUGGAGCUGGGGGGCAAGAACCCCUGCUAUGUGUCCGACACCUGUGACGUGACCAACGUGGCGCGGCGCGUGGUCUGGGGCCGCUUCUUCAACGCGGGCCAGACCUGCAUCGCGCCCGACUACCUGCUCUGCACCUUAGAGAUGCAGGAGAAGCUGCUCCCGGCCCUGCAAAAGGCCAUCACUGAUUUCUAUGGCCCCAACCCCCGGGAAUCCCCGGAUUUCGGCCGCAUUGUCAGUGACAGGCAGUUCCAGUGGGUGCAGAGGCUGCUGGGCAGCGGGCGCGUGGCCAUCGGGGGACAGACGGACGAGGCCGAGCGCUACAUCGCUCCCACCGUGCUGGUGGAUGUGCAGCCCUCGGAUCCCAUCAUGCAGGAGGAGAUCUUCGGGCCCAUCCUGCCCAUCGUCAUCAUCGCCAGCGUGGAUGAAGCCAUUGACUUCAUCAACAGCAGGGAGCGGCCCUUGGCUGUCUACGCCUUCUCCUCAGAUGACAAGGUGGUGAACCAGGUCCUGGCGCGGACGAGCAGUGGUGGCUUCUGUGCCAACGACACCCUGAUGCAUGUGACACUGCCCUCUCUGCCCUUUGGAGGCAUUGGGCACAGCGGCCUGGGCACGCACCACGGGCGCUUCAGCUUCGACACCUUCUCCCACGCGCGGGGCUGCCUGAGGCGAGCGAUGGGCCGGGAGCCGCUCAACGCGCCGCGCUACCCCCCGUACCGCCGGGAAAACUUCGGGAUCGUCCGCGCCGCCUCGCGGGUGCCGCGCAAGGGCGGCUGCGCCCUGCUCUGAGCGCCGGAGCCCGCCCGCUAAGGCAGCUCCUGCUGCUGCUGCCGGUGCCCGGGCGCAAUGAAAGGUGUUCCUGCACGUCCCGUGUGAUUCCCUUCCACCUCCCUUUUGCACCCCCGCUCACCCCAAAAGUCCCUUGUCCCCCACGUCUCCCUCCAUUCCGGUCCCACAUCCAUCUUUUCUGGCUGUUUGGGGCUUUAUUUCCACGGGUACCACCAGAGCAGAGGGAUCUCCUGUGCCCCGCAUUGCGUACUCUGCCUGGAGAGGGUCCACCACAACUCCCUGAUC